AGAAGAAGACGAAGAAGAAAGGUCGGGUUAUGCUUUUUGAAAGCAGAGCAUCAGUGUUUAGCUAGUUCGCGGCUAGCUGCUGUUGAUUGUGAAAUGAGUUGGGGGUUUGGAUGAAUUCUAGGUUUUAGAAAGAAUAAGAAGUGAGAUAGUUUAUUUAAAGUAAGCAAGGCUAAUAUGGAUCUUAACUUUUAUUCUGGUCUGUCGGACGGACCAAAUGUAGAUUCGGAGUUUUUGGAUACCCAGACAUACGGUGACUACUCUGAAAACCACAAGUUUUCAGAAGACGGAGCUAGUUAUCUCAGCAUCAGUGGAGAUGGACAUCACUUUCUGUCUGCAGAGCAAACGUUCCACACUCCUAGUCUCGGGGAUGAGGUGUUUGAGAUCCCUCCAAUCUCCCUUGAUCCAGACCCAACUCUGGUCAUCAGUGAAGCAGUGUCUCACUUCGAGCUGACAGAUGGAUCAGAUGGUACCAGCGGACACUCAGGCUCCCGAAGCCUCGUGAGCAACCUGGUGGUGGAGACCAACGACCCCUCCUUUGCCUCCACCUUUGUGAACUCAGGGUCUCAGGUUCUGGAGCAGCUCCAUCUGGGGGCACUGGGCCCAGCUGGAGGAGUGGGACCCCUGCUGAGCUCUUCUGCACUGGAAAUGGGAAAUUCCACUGGUUCYCAUUUCACCAGCUCAUCCCCGAUGACCAUUGAUGUCCAGCUCUGUAACAUGGGUCAGGACCUUUUGGGAAGCGGUCAGCUCGCCACAAUUAACCCGUCAGAACUGGCUCUGGGUCUGGGUUCUGGAAACUCUGGAGCACCUGAGCAGCCGCUGUCUGCAACACCAUCUCCUGUUGGUUCCCUGCAGGACGAGGACAUGGAGGACUUUAAGAGAAGUGUGUUGGAUGACUCCACCAUGUCUCUCUCCUCUUCKUCCUUCUUCUCCAACAUGUCCUCCCACCCAGCUCCCUCAUCCUCCCUGGCUACAGCCAGGAGGGGUGGGGGAAAGCCCGCUACGCUGACAUGUGCAGCUGAUGCGGUGGGUGUGAAGAAAGGAAAGAAGAAGAAGGACCCUAACGAGCCCCAGAAGCCAGUUUCAGCAUACGCACUGUUCUUCAGAGACACCCAGGUGGCCAUUAAAGGCCAGAACCCAAACGCCUCAUUUGGGGAGGUGUCAAAGAUCGUAGCAUCCAUGUGGGACAGCCUGGCAGAGGAACAGAAACAGGUGUACAAGAGGAAAACAGAGGCAGCCAAAAAAGAGUAUUUAAAGGCACUGGCAGCYUACAAAGCCAGCCAGCUGUCACAGCCUGAUGUUAUUGAAGUAGAGACGACUCCUCCCUCACCUCCACCUGUUAUUGAUCUGACCUCUGCAGCCCCUCCCUCCUCCGAUCACCAGGCCAUCCUUCUGCCUCUGGUUAGCAGCGGUGCAGAGCAGAACACCAUCACUAAUAUCUGUGCCUCCAACAUCAUCCUGGAUGUCCCGGAGGUGACGACUCGUUCCCGGACAGGAGCAAACCAAGCCCCCGCAGCGUCUCCUCCGACCCAGACCAUCACCAAGAUCCUCAUCCCAAAGCACAUCCUGCAGGCAGCAGGGCAGGUGGUCACGUUGUUGCCUGGGGGGGUCCACACCUCGCAGCCGACCCUCCUGGUCUCCAGCGCCUCCCGGCAGCCGCCUCCGCUGCAGCAGAUGCAGAAUGCYCCGCCUCCGCCGCGGCUUCAGCAGAUGGCACCGGCUCCUCCGCCCUUACAGGCRAAACCCCGAGAGGGGGCCGCCAUCCCAGGCCACGCCGUGCCCAUCACAGCCACACCUCCACCUCCACUCCAGAUAAAAAUAGUUCCUGCAUCUAUUCAGGACAAAGGAUCCGCGCAGAUUAUCUUACCCAACACAAAAACUGCCGCUGCAUCUGCGCAYUCGAUACAAGUCGUGAAUUCUGCGGCGACUUCAGGCGUUCCAGUCAACGAAGAUGUCACAGAAGUGCUGGAUUCAGAUGAGGACAUGAUGGAGGUGAACACGCCAGGUGAAGCUGCCACGGCGAGGCUCAUGUGUGUGAGAGCCGGCUGCAACAACCCUGCAGUGGACAGUGAAGACUGGGACAAAGAGUACUGCAGUAACGAAUGUGUGGCCAAUCACUGCAAAGACGUGUUUAAGGCGUGGUGCACCGUCAGGAACCAGAGUCUGGGAACAGUGAAGUAAAGAAAAUUCCACCAUUUCAGUUUUACCCCAUUUUAUCAGUUGAAGAACGACGAACCUGUGUCACGACUUUUCAGUGGUGUUUUACUGUUUUGUACUUGAAUUACAGAUUUAACAGCCUUUUUCCAGAAAAGAUACUCAGUUAUUUAAAAAAUGUCUGCAAUUAGGGACCGUUGUUUUCAUUCUGGUGCUGUUGACCUUUUCAUAUCGUCUUCAGUUCGGUUUGUUACCAAAUGUUGCGUUUAAGUAUGUUAGCAACUUUUAGUCAGUAAACAGGCAGCUAAAUAAGUUUCUCAACAAACAAACAAAAAACAUAAAUAAAUAGUAAAUAACAGAAGAAGACAGAAAAACAUUUUUUUAAUGUUCAUUGUUGAAUUUAGUUUGUGAUUUUAAGAUUUAAUUUCUGAAAUUUGAAAAAUGCCUUUUAUUAUAAUCUUUUUGUAAAUCCCUUUUUCAGACCGGUCAAGUGUUAAAGAAAGUUUAACUCUCAUGUUUUCUUAAUAAAAACAAACUUAUUGAUCUUU